CUGCCUAGUAAAGAGAGCUUCCCUCCACAUAUAUGUGUUGCCACAUUUUCACUGGAUUGGUGGGGAAUUCCACAAGCUGCUUAUAACAACCGCGAUCAUUCGCUUGGAGGGCCGGAAUGGCGCUCCUUGAGUCGCCGGCUGACUUCUCUUCCUUUCUUGACAGCCCCGUUUACUGUAUCCUGCUUGGUGAUUGUUGAGAAAAUGACCACCGAUGAAAGUACCCCCCUACUAGAAAACACGCAAGCGAAGGCAAAGACACCUCUGCCUAAAACACAGCUGGGACUUGUCUUGUUCGUCCUUUUCACCGAGCCCAUGUCAGCGCAAUACAUCUUCCCAUUCAUAAAUCAGCUAAUAAGGGAGCUAGGCGUUACCGGUGGAGACGAUCGCAAGAUAGGAUAUUAUGCUGGCAUUAUUGAAUCUCUGUUUUUUGUUACCCAAGCACUGACGGUCUUGAGCUGGAGUCGCUUAUCCGAUCAUGUCGGCCGGAAACCCGUAUUACUUAUCGGUCUCAUGGGUCUGAGCAUGUCCAAUCUAUGUUUUGGACUAUCCAGAACAUUCUGGGCACUCGUCGCAAGUCGAUGCAUUGCUGGAGCCUUGAAUGGCAACGCUGGCGUGAUGAAAAGCAUCAUAGGGGAAAUAACAGACAACACCAACAUGGCCCAGGCAUUUGCACUUCUCCCUAUCGUUUUCUCUGUUGGUGCUUCAAUUGCUCCUCUUUUUGGGGGCGGGUUGGCGAAGCCGCAUGACCAUUGGCCCGAACUCUUCUCAGGGUCGUUCUGGGUGCAAUACCCGUACUUCCUUCCUUGUCUUGUAUCCGCUUCGUACGCUGCAUUCUCAUUCUUCAUAACUGCGCUGUUCUUGGGGGAGUCACUACCCUCGAAACGACACGGGAAAGUCCCACAUCCAGAGAUACCCUCAAUAGAUGCUCAGAUUGACCCAGGUAGUUCUCCUGUACCGAUCGGUACCCUACUCAAAACCUAUUCGGUGAUGAUACCCAUCGCAAAUUAUGGUAUACUGGCUCUCGUCGACAUUGGCUUUUUCGCUCUUGUGCCCUUGUUUUACUCAAGCCCCAUCGAAAUUGGGGGAUUGGGACUGUCACCAUUCGCCAUUGGCAUGUGCAUGAUGGCAUUUGGCAUUGGCAACGGCUUGUUUCAAAUGCUGGUCACGGCUCGGGCAGUAGAUCGUUUUGGGCCAAGGAGGGUGUUUUGUUCGACCAUACUUGCAUUCUUCCCUAUCAUUGCUACGUUCCCGGCUAUGAAUUGGGUUAUCCAAAUUCAAAAGGAAGUUGGUCCAGCCAUCUGGACACUCAUCGUUACUCAGCUACUCUUGUGGUCAGUGGUUAAUAUGUCCUAUGGUGUUAUCUUCGUGUUUAUCACGAGGGCUUCGCCAAAUAAGUACUCGCUUGGUACAAUGAAUGGUCUCAGCCAAACUACGACGUCGUUUGCAAGGGCAGUGGGGCCAGCAGCAUUCACUUCGUUGUUCGCGUUCUCAAAAGAAUACAACUUACUUGGAGGAAAUCUGGUAUACAUUGUGCUCCUGAUUGUUUUAUGUCUGUUAGUCUUCUUGUCGAGGUGCCUUCCGGAGUUAAAGAAAGACGAGCCGUAA